UUGAGACAGGUUUGUUAGUUGCUUCCGAUCAUUUGUUGCGAUCGGUAUGGCUUUUCUCUCAACCAGGCUAUUGAGCAUUCUAUGCCUAACGUUUAUUCCUGCGGGAUUUGUACUGGGUACCAAGAAUAUCGCAUCGCCUGAGGUUAGAGUAAAUUUACCGGGACAAGGUGUAGUCAUUGGCAAUUGGAAUACUACACAAUGGACAGGUCAGCCGUACAUGCAGUUCCGUGGUAUACCCUAUGCGGAGCCGCCAAGUGGAGAGAUGCGAUUCAGGCUAUCGGUGCCGCGCAAGCCAUGGUCUGAACCCUUGCGAACCACCGAAUACGGUCGAAUUUGUCCGCAAUUAUUUACAUAUAAUCGCUUGCCAGCUGAUAAGCUAAAAGGGAAUCUAGAAGACUGUCUUACGCUAAAUGUUUUUACAAAAAAGCUAAAUGCCAAACAGCCAGUGAUGUUCUACGUUCAUGGCGGCAGCUUACAAGUUGGCUUCGCUUCAGAUCAUCAACCCGGCUACCUGCUUGAGGAAGACGUUGUGCUCGUCGUGAUUCAGUAUCGUCUCGGCAUACUCGGUUUCUCAGGCACACAAACUGAAACCAUGCCCGGCAACCUAGGCCUUCUGGACACGAUUUUGGCACUGCAAUGGGUGCAGAAACACAUUUCAGCAUUCGGUGGGGAUAAGACACUCGUUACAGUCUUCGGUGAAAGCUCCGGUGGGGAACUGGGUGGCGCGUUGCUAGUGAGCCCCAAAACACCACCAUCGACAUUUGAACGUCUAAUCAUACAAUCCGGCUCGGUUGUGGAUAAAGUGGCUGUAAAUCAGGAGCCACGCGAGCAGGUUGAACGUGUUUGCCAAGCUUUAAAGUGUGAAAAGUGUACGCAGCUGGAUGAAAUGCAACGUUGCUUAAAGCAGGCGCCAGUGUUGGACCUACUUAAGGCAGCAGAGAGCGAACGUUAUGGUUUGAUUGUCGGUGACUAUUAUGGCAGCAUUCCGCAGCAUCCGGCCAAACUUAUUGAAGCCACAAAUAGAAGCGUGCCCUUGCUGACCGGUUUCACCAAGCACGAUGGCUCGCUGGUGCUGGCUUGGUUCUAUGAAGACUUCAAAGCUACUCAUCCAGAUAUGAGCGCCGUAACAGUGGGCGAAUUUGCCACAGGUCUGAUGAAUUGGAUGAACGACACAACCGGCUUGACCAAUAAUGCUUUAACGCGCCUUUUAUUCCCUGCGGAGCUGUGGCAUAGCUCCGAUCAUAAGCGCGCUUUGCCAGCAUACUUCGAUCUAGCCAACAUUCUCUUUUUCAAAUCGACCAUGAUCGGAUUUACUAAUCAAUUAUUCGCGAAAGCCGAACGUGCGCCGAUUUAUUUCUAUACCUUUGACUAUGCUGGUGAGCAGACCAAUUUUGGCUUUGACACGGGUAACUCACAGUACCCUUUUAACGGCGGCGUACACCACACAGAUGAGUUAAUUUAUCUAUUCCCCAUGAAGCAGCUGAAUGCGUUGGAUACUGAAAUGGCGAAAAAGAUGGUCGCUUUGUGGGUCUCUUUUGCCAUCGGUGGGCAGCCGAAGGUAGCUGGAGGUCCACCAAUUUUGCCCAUGAAAACACUUCGAGGCCCAUACUUCCAUAUAAACAAAGAAAUCAAAAAUGAUGACGAUCUACUGAAGGAGUUCACGGCAACCAUAGACGAUCCAGAAAACCAGAAGCUCGAUCGUCCUAAUACAAGUUUUUGAUUUGAAUGAAGAAACCUGUCUGAAAAAUCUUUUUGUCUAUUUAAAUGCAACGUUUACUUCUUUAAUUAACGCAAAUAAAUCAUUUUCUAUGUAAGUCGUCUACUACAUUCGUAA